AUGGGUGGCCCAAUGGGAGGAAUGAUGGGCGGACCGAUGGGCGGAAUGAUGGGUCAAGGCUACGGGUCGCCAAAGAUUGAAAUCGGCCAGAAGUUGUCCAACUCAAUAUACGCAAACAUUUGCAGUAUUAUUGUUAUUUUGUUAACUGGUCAACUGUUUUUAAAUACUUGUGUCAAUGCUGCCAAUUAUGAUGAAGAAAUUGAAUUUGUAGAUCUAGAAAAAAAUUAUCAAAAACAGUACGCUGAAUGCUGCGAAAGCGGGAAGAAACAGGCAACUACUAAAGGCUACUGCUCGGGCAGCAACCAGAUCACCGAGUGCAAGUCCCUCUCUGAGUUGUGCUGCCUAGAGCAGCUGUCACUGCGAGAAUGCCAGGCCGGCGUGAACCCCGGUUCGUACAGCUGUUCUCGUUGCAAGUCGGGUUUCAGCUUUGACGAGCAGCUGGCCGUCUGCCGAGACGUGAACGAGUGCGAUCAGCAGCCGUAUCCCUGCAAGGCCGGCCAGUCCUGUCGAAACCUGGUGGGCAGCUUCCGGUGCUCUUGUCAGGUGGGCUACGAAAUGGACCGGGGCGGGUACUGCGUGGACGUGAACGAGUGCCAGCUGGGCACGCACAACUGCCACGAGUCGCUGCGCUGCGACAACACCAUUGGCAGCUUUCACUGCGUCAGGGUGCAGGACUGCGGCACCGGGUACACCAUCAACGCCGACCAGGACGUCUGCGAGGACGUGGACGAGUGCGUCCUGGGCACGCACGACUGCCUCCUGCCCGGCUACCGGUGCCGCAACACACAGGGCUCAUUCAAGUGCGAGCUGGUCGGCUGUCCGCAGGGGCUGGCCCUGAACGCCACCAGUGAAAGCUGUGUGCAGGCUGGGGGGCUGUGCCCCACCGGGCAGCGGUACAAUGGAACUCUGGGGCGGUGCCUCUCUCACGACCCCUGUCUUUCCGGUCCGUGUAAGCUUUCGGAGCAGUGCAUUUCACUGCCAGAAAACGCUGAAACUGGUUACGAGUGUGGCCCACUCUGUCCACCGGGUUACCACUACAACGCCACUAGCAAAAGCUGCACCGACGUGGACGAAUGCGCCACUGGGCAGUUUGAAUGUGGCCCCCACCAGGAUUGCGUCAACCUGGCCGGGCACUACGAUUGCGCCUGUCUUCCGGGCUUUCAGAUGGACUCCAGCCGCGCUUGUGUGGACGUGAAUGAGUGCACGGCGGAGUGGUGGCUUUGCCAACACCCGCACAAGUGCACCAACACCGUUGGCUCCUUCAGCUGUGCUGAGUGUCAUCCGGGCUUCACUUACAACCAGCUCACCGGACAGUGUGAUGAUGUGGAUGAAUGCUCUAAUACUGCCUAUUCUUCAACCUGUGAGCAGGUUUGCGUCAACACGCCGGGCUCUUAUCAGUGCGGCUGUCGGCAGGGUUAUCGUCUGGCAGCGGACGGAAAGUCCUGCCUGGAUGUGGAUGAGUGUGAGCUGAUGAAGAGUGAAAAGUACCUAAGUUUGCCAGCGAGCGAGAUGAACACCGUCGUUGAUGUGGCCAAAAUCAAAGCUUGCAAGAGAGCUUGCUUCAACACAGUGGGCAGUUUUGAGUGCAAGUGCCCAAGUGGAUUUAGAAGCUACCGAGAGCGAUGCUACGACAUCAACGAGUGCAUUGAAAACACUCGACUUUGUUCGAGUGUUGACGAAAGCAUUUGCGUCAACACUUUUGGUGGAUUUGAGUGCCAGGUUAUUCAGUGUCCGCCUGGGUACAACAAAACUACAACAAACAAGAG